AUGCACUCAAUCGAUGAAAAGGCAGCCUACAAACGCGAAUUAGCAAUUGAUAGAUUGAGAAACUACAUUAUAGAUUGGAGAGCCGGAUUUAGGCGUCAACAUGGUCGAGGUGCCGAUGAUGCUGACAUUAUUGGUCAACCGAUCGAUGAGGUUUACCAAAAAUACAUUGAGCUCAAAAGGCAACGGAAACUGCUUCACCCAGACCAGUCUAGUUCAACUCGUACCGAGGAAACAAACCAAACUCUGUCGGCAACAAAACGAACCAGAGGAAAGUAUGCCGCAAACUCACAGGACGAUGAAAACGAAAAUGAAUCGCCGGGCCAGAAAAACAAAAAGAUAAAGCCGAUGAUGAAAACGAAGCCGAUCAAAAAGAUAGAAGUGGAGCAACCCGAAGAACUCUCUGAAGAACAAUUUGAGGAACAGAAACGUAACCUCGAGAGGGUAUAUAACCUCUUUCGAAGACGCCCCACAGCAGCGCUAACUGCAGAAGAAGAAGAAGAAAAAAAAAAAGAAGAAAAAGAAGAAUCUAUAAAGAAAACCACAAAGUUUAUGGAACCAAAUCCAAACAGCAAUAGAUCUGUAGAAGUCAAGAAGCCACAUACCAGACACAAAAUCAAACCAGCACCUUCUGAUGCUGACUUGCCUCAAUCUGUAAAAGACUUUAUGGUCAUGAUGCUUGGCCCACAAGAUCCCUGUGUAGUGCAACAUAGGUCAUCCGACGUCAAAGAAAAAAGUCCAUUUUUUCAAGAUCAAUCUCAACGCGAUCGAAUCUUGAAAGAAAUAGAAGAAGGAACCUUUGGAAUGCCAAAACAGCCGAUUAUUCCAAAGACAGUAAAGGAAUUGGAUGAAGACGAAGAUGACACACAAGCCAAUAUUGAUACCAUAGACGAGAGACCUAGCUACAAGAAGAAACCGAUCCAAAAGAGACAGACAAAGCUUCACAAGAUGAAAGCCGUAGAAGACACAUCAGUGGAGCCGGAUACCAAAAAGAGUAAGAGGCAAGAAAAAGCCAGACAGAAAGCAGAAGAAGAAAAGCUGGUCAAAGGCCGUCUAUUGAAGAUAUUGAGUCAAACCAGGGUAGAUGUUUGUGCCAAAGUAGAUGCUUGUACCAAGGAAUCUGAUCAUUCAAUCCAGCCGAUGUUGGACCAGUUUAUGAACCAAGAUAAAGACGUACAACCAUAA